AUGGCCUCCACCACAAUUCUCCGCCAUUCAUCCUUAUACAGCAGCUUUUCUCCACCUUCGGACUCCAAAUGUCCUCAGGUCUUGGAGUGUCCUGAGUGUACGGUCCUUGCAGAACCCUGGCCUCCACCACAAUUCUCCGUCAUUCAUCCUUACCCAGCAGCUCCUCUCCACCUUCGGACUCCAAAUGUCCUCAGGUCUUGGAGUGUCCUCAGGUCAUUUUAA